AUGAUUGCCUCACGGUUGUCUAGAGCUCUUCCACGCUCAUCUCCCAUCUCCCGUUUCUCUCAAAUUCGAGCUCCUCGCUCGUCAAUAAUCUCCAGAUAUGCUUCCACCGACGCUCCCGAGAGUACCGAGAAGGUCAAGGGUCAGGUCAUCGGCAUUGAUUUGGGAACCACAAAUUCCGCCGUUGCCAUCAUGGAAGGCAAGCAGCCUCGUAUAAUAGAAAACUCGGAGGGUACUCGAACGACGCCUUCGGUUGUUGCCUUCACUGAGAGUGGCGAACGACUCGUCGGUGUCUCUGCUAAGCGUCAAGCGGUGGUCAACCCUGAGAAUACCCUAUUUGCGACCAAGCGUCUGAUCGGCCGCAAAUUCUCCGACCCUGAAUGCCAAAGAGAUAUCAAAGAAGUUCCUUAUAAGAUUGUACAACACACCAACGGCGACGCUUGGCUAGAAGCCCGUGGCCAAAAGUACUCGCCAUCGCAAAUCGGUGGUAUGGUUCUGCAAAAGAUGAAAGAAACGGCUGAAGCGUACCUCGGCAAGCCUAUCAAGAACGGUGUCGUCACUGUUCCUGCCUAUUUCAAUGAUAUGCAGCGACAAGCCACCAAGGAUGCCGGUCAGAUCGCCGGUCUUAACGUUCUCCGUGUCGUCAACGAGCCUACCGCAGCUGCGCUGGCCUAUGGUCUAGAGAAGGAAGCUGAUCGCGUGAUCGCAGUCUAUGAUCUUGGUGGUGGUACAUUCGAUAUCUCUAUCCUGGAAAUUCAAAAGGGUGUGUUCGAAGUCAAAUCAACCAAUGGCGAUACUCACUUGGGUGGUGAGGAUUUCGACAUUACCCUUGUCCGACACCUUGUCCAACAGUUCAAGAAGGAGUCCGGUAUUGAUCUAUCUAACGACCGCAUGGCCAUUCAGCGAAUCCGUGAAGCAGCUGAGAAGGCCAAGAUUGAAUUGUCCUCUUCGCUGCAGACCGAUAUCAACCUGCCUUUCAUCACUGCCGAUGCCUCUGGUCCUAAACACAUCAACUCCAAAAUGACACGUGCUCAACUCGAGACCCUCGUUGACCCCCUAAUCACCAGGACUAUCGACCCAGUACGAAAGGCCUUGAAGGACGCAAACCUACAGGCCAAAGAUAUCCAAGAAGUCAUCCUCGUCGGUGGCAUGACCCGUAUGCCCAAGGUCACUGAAUCUGUCAAGAGCAUCUUCGGUCGCGACCCUGCCAAGGCUGUCAACCCAGAUGAAGCCGUUGCUAUUGGUGCCGCCAUCCAGGGUGCUGUUCUUGCUGGUGAAGUCAUGGACGUCUUGCUCCUUGAUGUUACUCCCCUAUCCCUCGGUAUCGAGACUCUCGGCGGUGUCUUCACUCGAUUGAUCAACCGCAACACCACUAUUCCUACAAAGAAAUCACAAAUUUUCUCUACUGCCGCUGAUUUCCAAACCGCCGUCGAAAUCAAGGUCUACCAAGGCGAGCGUGAACUGGUCCGAGACAAUAAGCUGUUGGGCAACUUCCAGCUUGUCGGAAUUCCCCCUGCUCACCGUGGUGUCCCUCAAAUUGAGGUCACCUUCGACAUUGAUGCCGAUUCUAUCGUCCACGUUCACGCCAAGGACAAGUCUACCAACAAAGACCAGUCAAUCACUAUUGCCUCUGGAUCCGGUCUAUCUGACAACGAGAUCCAGAACAUGGUUGAUGAUGCUGAGAAGUAUGGUGCGCAGGACAAGGAGCGCAAGGCUGCAAUCGAAGCUGCCAACAGGGCUGACAGUGUUCUCAAUGACACUGAGAAGGCACUGAAAGAGUUCGAAGACAAGCUCGACAAGACCGAAGCUGACACUAUCAAGGAGAAGAUUGCUACUCUCAGAGAAUUUGUUGCCAAGAACCAAUCUGGCGAAGGCUCGGCAACUGCGGAGGAACUCAAGGCCAAGAUCGACGAGCUACAGACCAGUGCUCUGACCCUCUUUGACAAGAUGCACAAGGCUCGCGAGGAAUCCUCCCAAUCAACCCCUCCACCAGGUGGUGACGCUGGCGCCCAACAAGGUGGUGAGCAGAAGCCCUGA